AUGGCAUUGAUUAAUAUCACCAACAUCGUUUUCGAUUAAGACACAGCACUGUUUAACACUCCAAUUCAGAUGUAAAUUACUUUCGACGUGAUGAGACAAUUGGAUGAGGAAAUUGAGUGGAAGUAUUAGAUUAUCAAAACUUAGACUUAUUUACAUCGGAUCCCCAAAUAGCGAUAAAUAUGAUCAAGUACUUGAAUAGUUUUCCAUGCCUCCUCUACAAUAAGGAACUAUGUAAUUUACUCUAAUGAGUUCUGGUCCAAAUUUUGAGCUGAUUCCUAGUAAAGAUGAUUUAUUUGGCGCUAGUGCCAUUAUCCUAAGUGUUAAGUAUAGAAAGCAGGAAUUCUUUAGAGUAAUUAUUUUGGUCUCUAAAGUGACUAGGUUGGAUAUUAUGUGUAUAAUACUUACUUGGAACCAGAAUUAAUCGAAAAUGACCCUCCUCAAGUGCUCAUUGAUAGGGUAUACAGACAAAUCAAUACGUCUGCACCCAGAGUUACGAGAAUCAAUAUUGAUUGGGAGGGUUAAAUGGUUCAAUUGUAUGUCAAUCCUCAAUAAAACAACCAAUCCUUCAUGUUCCAAUAAUAACCAAUUUUUAAUGAUAUUACUAAUACUCCUGAUUACUUACAACAAAGCAUAGCAGAUAAAAUACAAUAACCACAACAACAAUAACAAUAAUAUUCUGGCGGACUUAAUAAUAACUAAUACACUGAUCUUUAAAGCAUAUUUUGA